GCAGAGACCAAGGUGUACGUGGGCAACCUGGGCACGGGCGCCGGCAAGGGCGAGCUGGAGAGAGCCUUCAGCUACUACGGGCCGCUGAGAACCGUGUGGAUCGCCAGGAACCCGCCGGGGUUCGCCUUCGUGGAGUUCGAGGACCCCCGGGAUGCUGAAGAUGCUGUGCUUGGCCUCGAUGGGAAGAUAAUAUGCGGCUCCAGGGUGAGAGUGGAAGUAUCCACGGGGAUGCCGCGGCGCUCCCGCUACGACCGGCCCCCUGCCCGGCGCCCCUUCGACCCCAACGACAGGUGCUACGAGUGCGGUGAGAAAGGCCACUAUGCCUAUGACUGCCACCGCUAUAGCCGGCGAAGGAGGAGCAGGUCCCGGUCUAGAUCCCGCUCGAGGUCCCGAGGAAGACGCUAUUCCCGGUCACGCAGUCGCAGCCGUGGUAGGAGAUCCAGGUCAGCUUCCUACCGCAGGUCCAGGUCGAUGUCUCCUCGUAGAUACAGAUCAUUCUCACCGCGCAGGUCCCGCUCUGGUUCUCUAAGAAGGUCAAGAUCUAGGUCCAGGUCACGCUCCAGGUCCCGCUCUGUUGUAUGGCCUCGAAGCAGGUCUGAGUCUCAUGGUAGAUCUAAAUCUGGCUUACCUGCUAAAAGCCGCUCAAAGUCCAGAUCACCAUCUCCAAAGAGAAGUCACUCACCUUCAGGAAGCCCUUGAAGAAAUGGAAGUCCUAAAAGAAUGGGUUCAAAUUUAAGAAGUUUAGUAAAAAAAAAUAUUUUGUUUACAUUAUAAGGGAUUUUGUGACGUAAGGGCUUAGUCCUAGAAGGCAGUUUCUAUUGACUAGCAAUUGGCAUGAACCUCUAUCUUCUAAAAGACUUGUUAGCAGACUAAUACAAAACUCUUCUGUUGUGUUCGUGUUCUGUGAUCUGAAAAUGUUUGGCUUAUUUUUUUUUUUUAUUGGUGCAUUGAAAUAAACUGCAUUUCUAACUAAGAAAUAAAUUGUGAUAACCCUGCUGCUCGUAUUUGGGAUGGGGAAGCAGGCAGUGUGUGCCCCUGGGGUGAAAGACAGCAUGCAGAGCACCAGCUCAGGGUGAAGGUUGCCAGCGCCAGGUGGCUGUUGUGUAUGAUAGUCUGUUUACCAUCUUGAGGAAAUCUGAGGGGUUUUGUGGAGAGGACAGGUCCUAAGCACAACCUGCAGGUCAUGUUUGAGUAGCAGGAUCUGUAGGGGAAUGAGCUCAAGUUCCCUGUCUGAGCAGUUCCAUCCUGGCAGUGAAGUGUGCCCAGGGAAGGGCCUUGCUGCUUAUGCUGAUCCAUGGUUGCUUUGGGAAACCAGACUGUCCCCAUCUCACCAUGGAUAGGUUACUGAAUUAAUAAAAUAAUGCAGGAUCUUUGCUAGUUUGAUUUAUCUCUGCAGCUGAUAAUGGCUGUUAUCAGAAGAGCAAUGAAAGGGGAGUGCCAGGUCAUUUAAGGAAUGUUAAGAAGGACAGGCAUGCUGCUUUCCUGGAGUGGCUGAACACUGCACAAGGGAAGUGGGGAAUAAAUUCCUCAUUUUUCUGUGCCUGUGCAUGGCUUUUGCUUUAUUAAACUAUCUGUAUCUCAAUGUGUGAAUUUUCUCACAUCCCAUCCUUCUCCCUCCUCUCAGUGCCAGGUCAUGGAGAUGGGAUGGAGCCAGCUGGGGCUAAUCCAUCCCAGCAGUGCUGCAGGGGCCAUGCUCUGCACAGGGAUGUUGGUCUAGGUGCUCCUGUCCUCUUCCUCACAGGAGGAUGUGUUGGGUGUGAAACUCCUACAAACAAUUCACGUGUAUUCUUUCUUUUAAAAAAUUCAAAUACAAUGUCCCUCCCUCCCCUCAUUAUUCCUGAGGCUGAACAUCGUAGAUCAGACUGGUGCUGGAGGCAGUGUUGCUCUGGUUUUACUGUGAAAGGUGACAGCCCAGUCCUGUCACUUCAGGCACUUAGUACUGGAGCAGCUUGGCUGCAGCACUGCAGUUAAACAAAGCCAAAGGGAGGAAAUAAUAGUUCAUUAUUGCUACAGCAUUUUACCACACACUGGAGCAGCCCAGUCUCCAGAGCAGCAGCUUGGCUAAAAGCUUCCAAAAGUGGGACUUUGUUGCAGCUGUGUAGGGUGGCAGGAGGACUACCCCAAAGCAGAACACAUUUCUGGAUGCACUACAGCACACCCAUCUUAGCUGUUUUACUUCCUCCCAGUGCAGGAAGGACUGGAAUAGCCUCUCUCAGGCAAAAUGUCCAUCCACACUGUC